CGGAACCUCCGUGCGCGGCGUGAGGAGCCGGCCGGGCCCGGCGGUGCGGCGGCACGAUGAACACGAAGCAGGUGACGUGCAGGUACUACUUGCAGGGCGUGUGUCGGGAGGGAAGCAAGUGCCUGUUCUCCCAUGAUUUGGCCAACAGCAAAUCCUCCACCAUCUGCAAGUACUACCAAAAGGGGCAGUGUGCCUACGGCUCCCGCUGCAGGUAUGACCACGUGAGGCUCCCGGCGGCGGGCGGAGCCGCGGCCCCGCCGCCCCCCGCGGCCCCGGGCAGCCCCCGGGCGCCUCCCGAGCACGGCCCCGCCGCCCCGCGCAGCAGGAGGGAGAAGAGGACGCUGGUGCUCCGGGACAGAAAUCUGUGCAGCUCCAGUGAGGAGAAGCAGCAGCCCAGUGCCCCUGGGGCUGAUGUGUGCUGCAGUGACCCUGGGGACAGCGAGGAGGCCAAGCCCCACUCAUACCUGGAGGCCAUCUGCAGCGGGCUGGAGGAGCCAGGGGCUGGCGGCAGCCCUGGGGCUGCAGAGCAGCUGUGUCCCUACGCAGCUGCAGGCACCUGCCACUUCGGGGAGCGCUGCCUCUACCUGCACGGGCAGCUCUGCGAGAUCUGCGGCCUCCAGGUGCUGCACCCCUUCGACCAGGAGCAGAGGAAGUCCCAUGAGAUGAUGUGCAUGGCAACGUUUGAGCACGAUAUGGAGAGGGCCUUUGCCAUCCAGGCCAGCCAGGACAAGGUUUGCAGCAUCUGCAUGGAGGUGGUGUAUGAGAAGCCCUCAGCCUCAGAGAGGAGGUUUGGGAUCCUGUCCAACUGCACCCACACGUACUGCCUGUCCUGCAUCCGCCAGUGGAGGUGUGCCAAGCAGUUCGAGAACACCAUCAUCAAGUCCUGCCCCGAGUGCCGGGUGAUCUCCGAGUUUGUUAUCCCCAGCGUGUACUGGGUGGAAGAGCAGGAGAAGAAAAAUGAGCUAAUUGAAGCAUUUAAGCAGGGAGUGGGGAAAAAGCCCUGCAAGUACUUUGAGCAAGGGAAAGGAACGUGUCCCUUUGGAGCCAAGUGUCUUUACCUCCACGCUUACCCCGAUGGGACCCGAGCUGAGCCUGAGAAGCCCAGGAAGCAGCUGAGCUCCGAGGGCACUGUGCGGUUCUUCAAUUCCGUGCGCCUGUGGGACUUUAUCGAGGACAGGGAGAGCCGGAGCGUGCCCAGCGCCGACAGCGAGGUCACGGAGCUGGGGGAGCUGUUCAUGCACCUGUCUGGGGCUGAGGAGGAUCCCCCUGCUGCCCCCUGAGCACACCCAGCUAUUUAUUAGCCAUGCUUUUACUCUCUCCAGCACAGGUAGAACGAUACGUAGCCUGGUGGUUACUUGUGCAGUCCUGCUAAAGUUUUCAGACAGUUUUUAUAUGGCAACAACAACAAAAAAAGACUAAAAUAUAUUUUAAAAAAAAGUAAGUUGGCUGCAUGGAAAAAAAAUCCCUUAAUCCCAGAAGGGUUUUCUCCCUCUCUGGCCUAACAUAUGCUGUCUUGUGAGCUGAAUGGUAGUGUAAAUACAGGUCCAGUGAAAGCUUAAGCUGGCAAAAACUGUUGCUAAAUAGAGUGUGGGUGCUUUUGGGUUUUUUUCUCCACUAAAUCAGCUAAAUGUAUAACUACAAAACCCACAGGGAUUAAUGGUCAGUGUAGGGUUUUCCCCUUUUUUCUCCUUAAAAAGGAGCUGGUAGAUUAUACCUCAGAUAGUACCUGGAGUUCAGAGGAGAGUUUGGUGGCUUCUCUGGGUGUGUGGGUACAGGGCUGGGCAGGGCCUGGCUCUCCAGGUGCUGCCAGUCCAGUUCCCAGCCCUGUCCUACACUAAUUCAAAUGCUCAGCCAGCAGGGGCUCCUGCUGGAAAGCAAAUGCUGCACUGAUUCUGGACUCACUGCACAAACUGGAGCUUGGGAGCUGCAGCAGCAGAGUGAGGGGUGUUCUCACUCACCAGGAGCAGCUCUGCAGCAGCUCAGUGCCUCCAUUCCCCUUUUCCCCAGCAGUGCUGAAGGCUCAGGAGGCCUGAGGGAUUAAUGCACAUCUCUGCUGCAUUAACAGAAUUACUGAGUUCCUGCAUUCUGGCUUUGUUAAAAAUGGGAUUUUGGUUGGUGUGGCAAAGGCAGUUUGAUUGUGAAAUCUGGUACCAGAAGUUAAUUCUGCCAAGUCAUUUGUAUUAACUUUGCAGUUAAACCAAGUGGCUGCUGAGUAACAGGGUGGACACAACUGAGCAUGAGCUGUCACUGACUCAGGUCCUUGUAAAGCAAAGUGACACUGAGCAGUGUUUGUAAAUACAGAUUCAGAUGGGUUUGUUUUAGAACAGCUGGGUUGCAAUGGAAGGUAGGUGUGGAACUGGUUUGGUUAUUAUCUAUAGCAAUAAAAAAGCAUAAAAAUAAUAAUUUAAAAUGUGUAAGAAAAAAAGGCUGAGAGCAGAAAGGUUUGUAAUCACAACCCAUGAAGCAGUGAUGGUCACAGUCCUGAUCCACCAGGGGUGGAAAAUCAUGAAGCAAAAUGUGCUCAGAGAGCCCUGGGCAGGAAGCUGCUGCCAGGUGGGCAAACAGGGCCAUCCCUUGCUGGUGACACCAGGAUUGGGUGGCUGCUGGGAGGGAGCAGCACAAGCCUUCAUCUGGGAUUCAAACAUCUUCAGCUGGCACCAGAGCAGUGAGUCCAGGAUUAUCCAUCCAGCUGCUGUUGGCAUUUCUGGCUCAGGAGCUCCUCCCCUCUGCCCCUGCCAGCUGUGCCCUCUGUUCUCACCUGGAAAUAACUUUCCCAUUAUUAUUCCCCGCUCAAGUUGAUUUCAGCAGUGCUCACUGCACAGUCGGGGCUGGCCUUGGCAGUGUCUGUAACAAGCAACAAUUCCCAGUUUCUUGGUCAGGCUGGCCCAGCAAAGGUCUUAAGUGCAAUCAGUGCAGUUGGUCAGCACUAAUUACAAAGGAGAAGGUAAAUUAUCCCUAUGAGGAUGUCAACACUAAGCUGAAUGUUUCAAGGGCACCCAAAUACCCCAGAAUACUUCUCCAGCCCUCAGCCUCCCACUGAAGCUCAUUCCCAUCUGCUCCUGAACAUACAAUUUUUUCUUUCCAGAAAAUAAUAUUGUCAGGAAUACACACACACCAAAAAAAAAAAGAAUCAAUAGAGAGGAUGUUCUUUACCUUAGACAAGACACUCCUGAUUGACUUUGCCCCAGGAAGCCAUGGGGAGUAGACUGAGUAGUAGAAACUAAAAAGAUAAUUUGUUUCUCAAAGCUACCCAAGGAUUUACAGUGUCUGAGUUGCUAAGUUCUACACUCAGCACGUUUCAUUUAAUUGGACAUCAAGUGCUGGUUAAAAUAAACCUACUUAUCAAAAAUACUUCAUUUUCUCAAGAAACACAUUAUCUGGUUAAAAAAAUCAAUUAAAAAUUAAUGAUUUCUUUUGGGAAAUCAGUUAAAGCAAAAACAGCUUACCUCUUCUGGGGUUUAUUUCCUUCAUGUUUUAAUCUUAUUAUAAUGAAUUAAAAAUUAAGAGAUAAAGAAUGUUUAGAGAAUUGCAGUCCAAAUACCAAUAUUAUUAAAAACCAUGCAAAACUAUAUGGAGCAGUCUCCUUCAAGUCUCAAUUUACUAUUUGGAAGCAAAGCUUAUGGGCAUUCUCAGUUAUCAUCCAGGGAUUAAUAUUCUACCCUUGUUGUGUUAUAGAAUAUUCUGAGGACAAACUGGAGGUGAUUUCUGUGUCUGGCUCUCCCUUCCUUCCCCAGGAGCUUUGUGGGGUUUUGCUGCUGCAGAGGAGAAGCUGCAGUGGCUGUUUGGGCAUUCCAGAGAGAGCUGGACACAGGGACUGCCAAAAUUUCCAGCCAAGGCAGCAGCUGUGCCCAGCAGCUUUGGGGUGGAGGGUAGAGGGCAAAGCCAGCCCCUGUACCCACUCUCUGACCCUCAGUACCUGUGCACCCACAGAAAAGCAAAAUCCCAAACUGGGCUUCCAGUCAUGCCCUAAAAACCACAUUUCACCACCUGCUAUUUGAAAAAAAAAAACAAACAAACACAUUUUUAGAUUCAUCCACCUAUUCCUGUCCUCCAUGGAAUUCAGCCAACACCAAAAACUCACUUGCACCUCAAUAAACAAGAGAAGAGAGCAGAAGUGGUGCAGGGAAAGAGCCUGAGAGCACAUCAGGGUGCAUGUCCAAAGCAGCUGCUGGAAGAUCAUUUCAAUACAGAAAAAUUGUCUUGUUGUGUGAUUGGAAAUGUAGAGGUUGUUUUAUCAAGUGUGUUUUUACUUGCACAGCUACUAUUUAUCUGUUACUUUAAAAAAAAUAUUCAGAAUGUCAUUCCUUGAGUUUUCCAAAUGCAGAUGUCCUACUCAGAACUGUGGAUAACUACAUUAAAAUGAUGACAUUGAAGCUUAAA